AUGUUGUCCAAAUUCAGAGGAUCCCAGCUUCGGCUGUUGGCCAGAAGAUUCCAGCCAGGUGUCGGGAUCCAAGAGGCGGAUCCUGCCAUCAGCCUCAGGACGCGAGCAAGACCUGGUCGUUUGGGACGCUCCUUUGUCGGCCGGCGAUGCUUCUCUGGGGAGGGCAAGCCGCCAAAGGGCUUUGAGCAGUUCUACAAGAACAACAAGAGUAAGCCCAAGGAGAGCCAGACGGCGGAGUCCAGCAAGUCUGAGGCACCGAAGGAAACGCCCAAGGAGACACCCAAGGAGUCUAAAGAGGCGGAGUCAGGUCACCAAAGCCAGUCAAAGGACAGCAGCAAGGGCGGCAAAGGGUCAGAGAAAGACCCAAAGAUGCCCUCCGGCGGCCCGGCUGAUUCGCAGCGGCAGAUCGUAGUUUUUUCGCUGGCCGCUGGACUCCUCGCCAUGUACUAUGCCUCCCAGGGCUCAUCCAGCGAGAAUGAGAUCACCAUCCAGGAGAUGCUCCGGGACUACCUCCUCAAGGGCCAUGUGGAAAGGCUCCAGAUCGUCAACAAGUCCUUCUGCCGCGUUCACCUUCGCCCCGACGCGCCCACGGGCGAGAAUGAGCCCAGGCGGCCCGGGCCCAAGACCAUGACCAUCCAGCUCGGGAGCCCUGACACCUUCGAGGCGAAGCUGGAGCAAGCGCAGAAUGACCUGGGAAUCGCUCCCAUGGAGCAUGUGCCUAUCCAGUACAUCGAUGAGAGUGACCUCAUGUCCGAGAUCCUUCCUCACAUCCCCACCCUCCUCUUCCUCAUUCCCCUCUUGUUCGCAGCCAGGUUUAUGGCCAAUGGUAUGGGCCCCGGCACCCCGGGGGUUGGUGGCCCAGGUGGCCGCAACAUCUUUAGCAUCGGAAAGGCCUUCCCUGCUGGGCAGAAGGACUUGAAGUCCAAGGUCAAGUUUGCAGACGUUGCUGGCCUUGACCAGGCCAAGGCGGAGGUGGUGGAGUUCGUGGAUUUCCUUCGUUCCCCCACAAAGUACGAGCAGCUGGGUGCUCGGGUUCCCAAGGGCGGCUUGCUGGUCGGCCCGCCUGGCACAGGCAAGACCUUGCUUGCGAAAGCUGUCGCAGGUGAGGCGGACUGUCCCUUCUUCUCGAUGAGCGGCUCUGACUUCAUCGAGAUGUUUGUCGGGGUCGGCCCGUCCAGAGUUCGAGACUUGUUCCAACAAGCGCGCGCCAAUUCCCCGUCGAUCAUCUUCAUCGACGAGAUUGAUGCGGUCGGGCGUCGGCGUGGCAAGGGCGGCUUCAGCGGCGGCAACGAUGAGCGGGAGAACACGCUCAACCAAAUGUUAGUGGAGAUGGACGGGUUUGUUUCAGGCACCGGGGUGGUCGUCCUUGCAGGUACGAAUCGGGUAGACAUCCUUGACCCGGCUCUGACACGACCUGGACGGUUUGAUCGGCAAAUCGCCAUUGACAAGCCGGACUUGGCGGAGAGGGAGAAGAUCUUCAUGGUCCACUUGAAGCCCGUGACCUUGCACAAGCAGCUGUCUGCUGAAGAGGUGGCCAAGAGGAUGGCAUCCUUGACGCCGGGCUUUGCUGGGGCAGACAUUGCCAACAUCUGCAACGAGGCGGCCAUUUUCGCCGCAAGGCGGACGGCAGAGUCAGUGGAGAUGCAGGAUUUUGAGCGGGCCACCGAGCGAGUUCUUGGCGGUCUACCCAAGCAAAACAGCUUGAUGAGCCCGGCGGAGAAGCGGACCGUGGCGUUGCACGAGUCUGGGCAUGCGGUGGCGGGAUGGUUCCUGGAGCAUGCAGAUCCCCUCCUCAAGGUGUCCAUCGUGCCGCGGAGUAGUGGUGCCCUGGGCUUCGCGCAGUACCUACCUGCCGAGAUGAGCCUCUUCAGCAAGGAGGCCAUUCUGGACAAGAUUGCCGUGGCCCUCGGGGGCCGGGCAGCAGAAGAGCUCUUUGUGAAGAAGAUCUCCACUGGAGCCUCCGAUGAUCUCGACAAGGUGACGAAGAUGGCCUACUCCAUGGUGGCAGUCUACGGGAUGAACUCUGAGCUGGGUUUGCUUUCAUACGGCCAGAACAAUGCCUCCGAGCAAUUCUACAAGCCGUACAGCGAAGAGACGGGCCGGAAGAUUGAUGAGCAGACACGGAGCAUUGUCGACGAGCAGUACAAGAGGGUGAAGGAGCUGCUGCAAGAGCAGAGCGACAAGCUGCAGCAGCUCGCGGACAGGCUCGCCGAGAAGGAGACUCUCGUUUAUCACGACCUCGUGGAGGUACUGGGAGAGCGACCUUUCUCCAUAAAGGAGGAGCUCAACAAGUUUGUCACUGCCGGCGGGAAUCCGUUCACGCAUGACAUGGGCUCACCGAACGACGGCGAGAACGACAAAGGCGACACGGACGGCCAAGAAAGCAAGGAGGAGGAGUCGGCUUCUCAGGCGCAGAGUACAGGAACGGAGGCCAAGGCGCCACAGGCCCAGGCCUAA